AUGGCGAAGAUCGACGUGAUGAAACUAUCUAAUGAGUCUCAAUUCACACAGCUGAAUGCGUUAAUGACUCAAGUGUUGCAACAGUUGCAAUUGAUUCCGGUGUCUUCCCAUGGUGCUUCGAGCUCAGGCAAAGAUCAACAACGUAAUUCGUUUCAGGUGAGAUCUGUCAAACUUGAUUUUCCUCGCUUUGAUGGGAAAAAUGUGAUGGAUUGGAUUUUCAAGGCUGAACAAUUCUUUGAUUAUUACGGUACUUCAGAUGCUGAUAGACUAGUGAUUGCUUCAGUUCAUUUAGAUCAGGAUGUAGUUCCUUGGUUUCAAAUGAUUCAAAAAACUGAACCGUUCAUCUCUUGGCAAGCUUUUACUCGAGCUCUAGAACUUGAUUUUGGACCAUCUGCUUUUGAUUGUCCUCGUGCUACUCUGUUUAAGCUGGCUCAAUCUGCAUCUGUGAAUGAAUAUUAUAUGCAGUUCACUGCAUUGGUGAAUCGAGUGGAUGGGUUAAGUGCGGAUGCGAUUUUGGAUUGUUUUUUGAGUGGAUUGAAGGAGGGAAUUAAGAGGGAUGUGAAAGCACUUGAACCUAGAACAUUAUCCAAGGCAGUGGCCUUAGCCAAACUGUUUGAGGAGAAAUACUCUCCAUCGUCCAAACCACAACCCUUUUCGAAUUUAGCCAGAAAUUUUAGCUCAAAUACUUCAGCCUCAUCAAAGUUUCAAACAAAUGCCCAAAGAACUGAUACUACAAAACCUACCUUACCCCCAUUAUUACCUACACCUCCAAUUAAACCAUUCAACAUUAGGAACCAAAACAUAAAAAAAAUUUCCCCUGCUGAGAUCCAAUUGAGAAGGGAAAAGAAUUUGUGUUAUUUCUGUGAUGAGAAAUUUUCACCUGCUCACAAGUGUCCCAAUCGACAAGUUAUGUUGCUCCAACUAGAUGAAACAGAUGAAGAUCCAACUGAUGAUCAAGAGACUGUGACUGAAGAGGAUAGUAAAGAAGAUGAUACUCACCACUUGUCCUUAAAUGCUUUGAGAGGUUCAAAUGGUGUGGGAACUAUUCGGUUUACUGGCCAAGUAGGGGGCAUUCAAGUCAAGGUACUGGUGGAUGGUGGUAGUUCUGACAACUUCAUUCAGCCUAGAGUAGCUCAAGUGCUGAGGUUACCAGUGGAACCAGUCCCUAAAUUUCGUGUUUCAGUGGGGAAUGGACAAAUUCUGCGUGCUGAAGGGCUCAUUCGACAGAUUCCUCUACAGGUUCAAGGGCAAGAACUAAAAGUUCCUGUUUACUUGCUACAAAUUUCUGGUGCAGAUAUAAUUUUGGGAUCCACAUGGUUAGCAACAUUAGGUCCUCAUGUAGCUGACUAUGCAGCAUUAUCAUUGAAAUUCUUUCAGAAUGGUCACUUCAUUACUUUACAAGGUGAAGGCAAUGAGGAGGUAACUCAGGCUCAGUUCAACCAUCUCAGAAGAUUGCAUCACACCAGGGCAAUUGAAGAAUGCUUUGCAAUACACCUUAUUCAUCAAGAUGUACCUGAGGAUACUUUGAAAGACUUACCAACCGAUAUUGAUCCAGAAUUAGCCAUACUUCUGCACACUUAUGCUACAGUUUUUGCUGUCCCUACGACACUACCACCUCAGAGAGUACAGGAUCAUGCUAUUCCAUUGCAGCAAGGAUCAGGCCCCAUUAAGGUUAGGCCUUACCGGUAUCCUCACACACAAAAAGAGCAGAUUGAAAAGAUGGUACAGGAAAUGUUGGAUCAAGGUAUAAUUCAGCCUAGUAAUAGCCCUUUUUCCUCUCCAAUAUUACUUGUCAAGAAGAAAGAUGGAAGUUGGAGAUUUUGCAUUGACUAUAGAGCAUUGAACGCCAUCACAGUGAAGGAUAGUUUUCCAAUGCCAACAGUAGAUGAGCUGUUAGAUGAGCUAUAUGGAGCACAAUACUUUUCAAAGUUGGAUUUGAGAUCCGGAUACCAUCAAAUUUUGGUGCAGCCUGAAGAUAGAGCCAAAACUGCCUUUAGAACACAUCAUGGACAUUAUGAAUGGCUGGUGAUGCCAUUUGGUCUUACAAAUGCACCAGCUACAUUUCAGUGUUUGUUGAACAAGGUGUUCCAAUUUGCUCUCAGGAAAUUUGUCCUUGUUUUUUUUGAUGACAUAUUGAUUUAUAGUGAUUCUUGGCUGGAUCACCUCAAACACUUGGAAUUGGUGCUGCAGACAUUGAAACAUCACCAAUUGUACGCUAGAUUAUCCAAGUGUUCAUUUGGGGCUACAUAG